UAUGCGCGUCUCUCCCAUUGGCAACUGUGCUUACGCCUCCUGCUUUCUCGUCGGAUACCUGUCUCACCGCGUGGAGCAAUAGAUUGGACGCCGUGUGGAAGUUUGCCUGCCGAGUUGGUGGAUUCCGGCCCCCCGAAAUCGUUUUCGCCAUCCUCGCAGCUCCCGAUCGAGAGGCCUUCCUUCGAUCGGCGUUCGAUUCGAAUGAUUAGAGUUUGUCGAGUGUUUUGAGGAGGAUUAGUGCUGUGAUUAAGCGGCUGCAAAGCGGAAUCGACUAGGAUUAGUGAUUUGUUACAAGGGAUUAUGAUUAUGGGAAUUAUGGAGUUAGGUGAGCGAAGAACGGACGAAUGUGGCGGCCGCGAGAUCGUGAGUUUUAGGGCCAAGAGAGCUCUUGUGGGAGCGGGAGCACGGAUUCUUUUUUAUCCUACACUUGUCUACAAUGUCCUUAGAAACAAGAUCCAAGCUGAGUUUCGAUGGUGGGAUGAAAUCGAUCAGUUUCUAUUGCUGGGUGCUGUACCUUUUCCAAACGAUGUUCCUCGUCUGAAGAAGCUUGGAGUUCGAGGAGUCAUUACCCUAAACGAACCAUAUGAGACUUUGGUUCCUUCAAACAUAUACAAGGUUCAUGGAAUCGAUCACCUGGUGAUUCCUACAAGAGACUACCUUUUUGCUCCUACACCAGUUGAUAUAAGCCGAGCGGUUGAUUUCAUCCAUAGGAAUGCAUCUCACGGGAGAACUACAUAUGUUCACUGCAAGGCAGGAAGGGGGCGUAGUGCCACCAUUGUCCUCUGCUAUCUGAUUGAAUAUAAGAAUAUGACACCCAUGGCUGCUCUUGAAUAUGUGCGCUCUAGAAGGCCUCGUGUCUUGUUGGCUCCUUCUCAGUGGCAGGCUGUUGAAGCUUAUAACAAGAACAAGCUGGAGUUCCCUGCGAUCCGAAGCCCAAAGCCUAAGCAUUUACACACUGCGGAUGUUGGAACUAUCAGUCUGAUGGACUCACCACGUAGUCCCCUCAAAGAAGAAUACUUGAUAGCUGAGGAAGACCUAGAGGGGUAUGAAAAGUUUUUGGAUGUAUACGAGGACACCACAUUAUGUCCUUUUGAGGAAGAUGGAAUUUUGAUAACUGACACAGAUUUAGAAGGGUGCGAGACCUUUGUGGAUGCUUUGGAUGAGAGCAAUACUUCUUGUUUUUCUGAUGAUGAAAUUUUGAUAACUGAGGCAGAUCUAGAAGGGUAUGAAACCUCUGUGGAUGGUUGCAACCAAAACAGCAUCUCAUCGGAUCAGAUUAACCAAACCUUGCCAGUGAUGAGGAGGCUUUCAUGCUUCUUUGCUUCCAUCAAGCUGUCUAAUAGUGACCUACCAGUUUCUAGCCGACAUUCUCACAUCCAUAUAGUUAGUUCGUGAUACAACAAUCCUAUUUGAUUUUUCAUGUAUGUGAUAAAUCAAUAGAAAAGCAUGGUCUUCCAUAAUGGAAUCAGUAAAAAGGCCUCAGAUGAUAAUAUAGAGAGACUGUCCACCACUCUGAUUGAAAUUUUUGGUUGACUAGUGUUUUCACUACAUUCAAUUUUUGUAGUCUCUAAAUUUAUAUAUUUGUUUGAUGAGGGUUUGCUUUGUAUUUCAAUUAGUAACUUAUACAAGUUUGUAGAAAAUACAGUAUAAAUUGUUAGAA